AUGGCGCUCGAACGAUUGACACCCCCUGGUAAAAUAAAGUUCAACACUAAGAAUAUUAGUGAAGACUGGAGAAAAUGGAGAGAAGAAUUUGAACUCUAUUCAUCUCUAUCGAUGAAGGAUGGAGAAGACAAAGCUAAGUUACAAUUACUGAAAUAUUUGAUCGGCGCUGAUGGCAGAGAAAUUUACAGUACUCUGAAGUUUGAAAAAGAAGAAAAGUACAGAAAAUUGAAAGACGUCAUCGAAGCUUUUGACGCUUACUGUAGACCCAAAAGAAACGAAACAGUAGAGAGAUUCAGGUUCAAUAUGAGGAAACAGAAACAAGAUGAGACAAUAGAAACUUUUAUUACUGAUCUUAAAACAUUAGCUGCAAAGUGUAACUAUAGAGAAAUAGUUGAUUCACUAGUGAGAGACAGAAUAGUUUGCGGUAUACUUGACUCACACCUGAGAGAAUGUUUAUUAAGAACACCAGAACUUACCCUGGAUAAGUGUGUCGACAUAACGCGUGCAGCAGAAAUCACAAAACAAGGAAUUAUUGUAUUGGACGGCAACAACAAUUCGUUAAGCAGCCAUGCAGAAAAUGUCAACGAAAUCGGCAGAGGUAAACCUAGUACAAAUACAACUGGAAGUAAACAUUCACACACAGAUAACAACAAAUUUUGUAAAUAUUGUGCCAAAGUACAUGAGCCCAAGAAAGAAAAAUGUGCGGCAUAUGGAAAGACGUGUCGACUGUGCCAUAAAAUGAAUCACUUCGAAACAGUAUGCAGAAGUGCUACCAAGAAAUCACAACCAAAGUACAAGAAGAAAACUAUGCAUCACAUUGGGACAGGUUGUUCAGACACCGACAGUGAUGAUGACUAUUUAGUUUAA